CCGAUUCUAAAAUGGCCGACCAAUUUUGAGUUGAGUUGAGAAAUGUCAUGAGGUUAUUUUUAAUCAAUCAAGAUUUUUAAUUAUUACUGUAGAUAAACUUGUAAUGAUUGCAAGCUUUUUAUGAAAUAACUACGUUGAACAAUCAAAAUGUCGUGGCCUGUGCCACAACCUGGUCAGCUGCCCCCGGGCGCUGGCAUGACUCCCGAUAUGAUGAACGUUGGAUCGUAUACUCCUGAUCAAUGGGCCGCUAUGCAGCAGAACUGGCAGCAAUGGGCCCAGUGGCAGCAGCAGUAUGCGCAGUGGCAGAGCCAGUAUGGAGCCAAGUACGUUGCACAAAUGCAAGGCGCGGGAAGCGGGCCGGUCCCGCCCAGCAGCGCGCCGCUGCCCGCGCCGCCGCCGCCCGACCACCCGCCGCCGCCGCCCAGCGAGAACAACCAGCCCCUCUACGCCUCCGCCCCCGCCAACCCCCAACCCACCCCGGUCCCGCCACCCGCUUCCCGAACCUCCAACCCCUCCAAUCUGACUAGCGUAAACAUCACCUCAGGUAACGCACAGAAUCAGUGGUCCCACGGCUACCGGAACGACGCGCCGCCGCCGACGCCGCAAAACUCCGACGCGCUGCAGAAACUCGCCGAGGAGGAGAAGCUUUUCGAUAUUCAGUUUCAGAAAUGGGAGGAGGAAAUCGAGAAGUGGCGGCUCGAGAACGUGAACCACCCCGACAAGCAGGCCUACAAGGAAUACGAGCAGAAGUUCGAGACCUGCCGCGCGCAGCUCAUGGAGCGCCGCCAGCACAUGAAGCAAAAGCGCGCCCGCCUCACUGGCACGGGCCCGGCCGCCGCCGACGCGCCCUAUGCAGGUAAAAACUCCUUCGCCGUCCCGCCACCGCUUAACGACACGCCCGCGGGCUACGCUCAGAAUCAGUCGCAAAGCUAUAACCAGAACCAAUCGCAAAGUUACAACCAGAAUAAAAAUCAGAACUACAAUCAAAAACAAACCAGUAACAACCAGAACCCACCCCAAAAAUAUAAUCAGAACCAACCUCCGAACUACAACCAGAAUAAAUCUCAAUACAAUAAUCCCAAUCAAAGCUACAAUAACAGGCAGGAAUAUCAGAACCAACAGAACUAUAAUAAACAAGAUCAAAAUUACUCAGAUCCGAAUGCGUCCUCAUAUAAACACUUCAAUAAUCCACCUCCGGGUAUGUAUAAUAGGGGCAACAGAGACAACAUUGACCCCCAGGAUCGGUACGAAUCCUAUGAGGACCAUAAUUCUCUGAAUGAAACUUACCCUCCUAAACAGUCUAGUUUUCUUCCGACUAGUGGAGCUCCUAAGAGUAUACCGGGACUAGAUCUAGUCCCAGACUCUGAAAAAGGUCCCCCAGUGCAGAAGCAGGAAGUCAUAGAUAUUACUGAGGAAAAGGCUGAUAGAAACCAGCCUCGAAGGGGGCCUGAUUACACUACCAUCUCAAAAGGCAUCAACAACAUUUUAGGUGAUGAAAAGAUAAUGAAUAUACUUUCAAUGGUAGUAGGUGGCAAUGCUCCUUCUGGAAAUAGUCCACAGAGUAAUACCAGUGCUCAUAGUAAUAAUGCUCCAAACGCACAAAGUGGUCCACCAAUGGGCCACAACAAUCAAAACAUACCUCCAAAUAAUCAGUGGAACAGGAAUGAGGGUUAUAAUAACAAUCAGCAGUUUGGCAACAGACAAAACUAUCCGAUGCAACAAAACCAAGACCAGAAUAGAUACCUUCCCAACCAGAGGCAAAACCAGAUGUAUGAUGACAGACAGGGGGCUGGUGGCCAAGAUAUGUACUAUAAUAGAAAUUCUCAAUUCAGAGGUCCUAAUAUGCCACCACAGAGAAAUGACCAAGGGCCACGAACGAACGCACCAGGUCCAAGACCUUUAAUGGCUAUAAAUCUUCCACCAAAUAUGGACAUCCACUGUGAUGUAAAUAGAGGACCACCCCCAAAUCCAAUGCAAUGGGGUAUGCAACCAAAUAUGCCACCCCCAAAUCAGCCCCCAUCCCCUCCGAGGCCAAAAUGGAAGGAGGAGCCAUUGUUCACCCCAUCCUUUGUUGUUGAAUAUGAACACAAACCUCUGAGAUUGAAAGCUCGCGAAUUUAUCGAACCAGUGCAUAUGUUCGAUUACGACCACAAGUCGAAAGAAGGCGAAAAAAAGAGGGACUUUGAAAAGGAAGUGGAUGAAUUGUUUUCGAGGAAGCCGAGAAGGAAUAGGGAUGAGGACCAGAGGGCACCUGACAGAUACGACAUGCAUGAAAGGCCGAGGGAACGAGAUGGGUAUAACAGGGAUUUCGAAAGAAGGGUUCCAAGGGAUGACAUUAGAGACGAUUAUCGCCACAGGCCACCGAGGGAUGAAAUCGAAGACAAAAGAAGGCUUGACGACCGAUAUGACGAUAGGAGACGUGAUGACAGGGAUCGCGAUAUCCGCGAUAAAUUCGGCAGGCGGGAGGAUGUUUUUAGAGACAGAGAACGUGAACGUGAGAGGGAAAGGGACAGGGACAGGGACAAAGAUAGAGACAGAAACAUGUUCUACUCGAGAGACAGGUAUCACAGAAGAGAAGAACCCAACAGAAGAGAAGAACCCAGAAUUCGCAGCAGGAGUAGAGAAAGGGAUGUUCGUAAAAGAGGGCAUAGUAGAGAAAGCGAUACAAAUGAUUUAUCGAAAAGAUCUAGGGAACAUAAUAGCUCGGAAAGGAAUUCCGGAUCUGCUAAUCCUGUCGUAAUGAUCGACGAUCUAUUGGAGGCGCCUGGGCGUGAAAUGAGACCUGAAAAAAUUGUGAUUAUUCUUAGAGGACCACCUGGAAGUGGAAAAUCGUAUUUGGCUAAAUUGAUAAGGGACAGAGAAGCAGAGUAUGGCGGCGCUGCUAGAAUCAUGUCCAUCGAUGAUUAUUUCAUGCAAGAGGGCGAAGUCGAGGAGAAGGACCCUGUUACAGGCAAAAUUGUGAAGAAACCUACGCUAAAAUAUGAGUAUGACGAGAGUCUCGAAGAGUCUUACUUGAAUUCUUUGAAGCGGGCAUUCAAGAGAAGUUUGACCGACGGUUACUUCAACUUCUUGAUAUUUGACGCUGUGAACGAUCACCUCAGAAGCUACGCUGAUGUUUGGAACUACGCAAGACAAAAUGGUUUCCAAGUGUACGUAUGCACAAUGGAGCUGGACCCGCACGUGUGCCACCGGCGGAACAUCCACAACCGCUCGCUGGGUGACAUCCAAGUGGUGUGCUCGCGGUUCUUCCCGACGCCGCCGCACCACAUCCAGUUGGACGCCACCACGCUGCUGCAGAGUGCAUCUAUCAGAGAAGUGCACAUGGAAGACGCAGACGAUGCCGUGGUCAUGGACGACGCACAACAGGAGGUCGAAAGCUCUUUUACUUCGAAGUGGGAGAAAAUGGAUGACGCAACGCAGCUAGAGCGGCUCGACGGAACCAGCAAACCGCUCCGGCCGUCACAGAUCUCCAUGGAAGACUACUUGCAGCUAGACGAAUGGACCCCGAACAAGGCGAAGCCGGGGAAGAAAUCUGUACGCUGGGCGGACAUUGAAGAGCGAAGACAGCAGGAAAAGAUGCGGGCUAUCGGCUUCGUUGUCGGCCAGACCGACUGGAACCGAAUGACCGACCCCACCAUGGGGUCCAGUGCGCUCACUCAGACUAAAUAUAUCGAGCGAGUGCGCAAAAAUUGAGCGUCAAAUUGACGGUUGACAGAACGCUUCGCGAGGCAUGUGCGACACGUGACCUCUUUGUGACAAGUUUAUAGCGAAGUUUAGACGCAAUAAAACUUGCAGAAGUUGACUUCCGCAAGCUGUUUACCACUGUGUAACUAGCAGUGGCAAGCCAACUUCUGCAAGAUUUGCACAGUUGUGACAGCUUGCGGGAGUCAACUUCUGCAAGUUUUAUUGCUAGUCUAAACCUCGCUUAAUCCUUCAAGCUCCGCGAAUCUAGACACAAUAGAUAUAAUCAAUUGUUAUGACAUUAAUUAAUGCCGUCUGGGACUCAAUCGGUUAAGAGUCUAGAUUUGUAUGUUUUUACAAACUGUAUGGCGACAAAUCGAAGAAUUGCGAAAAGACCUUAAUUGUUAAAGGUUGACCUUAUUUGUUGAAAAGUACCUCGACUAGCCUUUUUCUUUUGUCAGACUACUACUUAUCGCAGUCUUUGCAUUUUAGUUUAGUCCGUCUAACAAUGCCCAUGCCUCGCGAAGUAAUGCCGUUACAGUCAGGUCAAUAAGUGUUUGUUUAGCUGCACUACGCCGCAAGAUGGCACUAGAAGUGGAAGUAAAAAAAUAUACUUAUAGUCCAGUGAGCUGUGUCUAGGCUAUUAAAUUCUUAAUACAAUUUAACUUCUUUCUUAUGUUAAUUAAGGUCAUAGGUAGAAGUGACUAAAGAUAACUCGGAUGCAUUUUCAAAUGAGUUGUCGGUUACAAUUAUUUUCUGUUUACAUGCAGUACUGUUCGAACGGUCUGCUAUUUGCAUAGUUGCAAGAAGUAGGAUUUAACCAUGUGUUAAGAUUAAACUAGCAUAAUUAAUAAUAAUUAUAAACAAACAGUAACGAGAAGCGUGAUUGUAGAUGUAUGAUGAGGUUUUUAGGAGCAGUAUAACUUCUAAAGUUUUAUAAUGUUUGUAGUCAGUACAUAAUAAAAGUAUAUAGUAAAUUAUUCUCAUUUGUAUGGAUCUUUGUUAAAUGUUUCGACUACCUGAAAGUAAAGUAACUACUAAUUUACAAAAUAUUUGUGAUCAUAAAAUUCUUAUUUUUGAAGGAGUACUUAUAAAUAAACUCGUUAGAGCAGGGUCGAAUUUUGGGGGGUUAUCUAUCUGAUAUCUAUUGAUAGGCAGAAUUAUGAAAAUAACUACGAAAGUAUGGAUGUUGUGUAUUUUAUUCCUAGAUAUGCUUGAUAAUAAAGUCUUUUAAACUUUA